AUGAUGUUUCCGCGGAAGUGUGUUCACCGACAGUGGGGUUUAAUCCUCAGGAGGUUGAGUAAACGAGGGGGGAUGCCGACGAUAAGGUUGAAGCUUUUGAAUGUGAAAUGUCCGGCGAUUGUUGAGCAUGGUGGGAUUGGGUACGGUGGGGCGGUGGAUUUGCCACGGUGGGUGCAGUCGGUGGUCCAGGAGGAGUGGAUGGUGGAGGUGUUUGAUUUGGAGUUAAUGAUGAACAAGGAUAUUGAAGAGGAAAUGGUUUUCGAGACGAUGCAACCAUGUCGUGCGCUAUAG